UAAAAUAUACCAACAAAUACUGAGACCGACAACAAACAUGAUAAAAGGAGAAGAGAUGGGUAACCAUUACUGGGAACAGGACUCCCGGUUCCGAUGCGUCAAAAUCACCUUGAUAGUGAUUCACACGUUGGCCAUUAUAUUUCUGGUCAUCGCCACUGUCCUAUUCUUUGCCGCACUAAACGUGGUAAUGGACGCCGAAAAAAGUAAGUCACCGGCGUAUGAUGUAGACCAAGAUGACAUUAACAACGAAGGCCCGACACUACCGCCUGAGGCAACAAUGAAAAUGGUUGGCGCGUUUAUGGGCGUAUUCCUGGCCGUGUGUCUGAUCCUCGAGAUCAUUGGGCUAAUAGGCAUUAUCAAGGAGAACAAAACAACCGUGUUUGUUUACGCGGCGCUGGGAAUUAUUGGCACUAUUAAUAACCUGGUGAACGGCAUUAUGACCGGCCUAUUCAGCGCCGUUACCGUCGGUCUGACCGCAUAUUAUGGUUAUAUGAUUGUCAAACGCGAACGCGGAAUGGUUUAAACCGUCCGUAAUUUUUAAUUAUAUUAUAUUUCAAUAGUUUAGAUGCUUUCAUAUAUUGUACUGCUAUAGUUGAUUGUGG